AUGCCGCUUUUUCAGCCUUGGACCCGUCCUCCACCGCGACGGAUUUACUUCAUCGCCCCUGUCAUCGGGCUUUUCCUGGUUUACUUUCUCUUCUUCUUUGAAACGACAGCUUUCACUCCGAAAAUCGUUGUCCCGUCGAUCACAUCGCAGCAAGACGAAAACGCAUGUCCGCCACUCCCAGGCAUUGAGGAUGUCCUGGUUAUCCUGAAAACAGGCGUCACAGAAGCACUGGAGAAAGUGCCAGUUCACUUUCAAACCACCCUUCGAUGCAUUCCCAAUUACGUGCUAUUCUCGGAUUUUGAAGAGGAAAUCAACGGGACCCACGUGCACGAUGUACUUCGCAGCGUCAACGAGACCAUCAAACGCACCAACCCGGACUUUGAUCUCUACAACCGUAUACAGGAACACGGGCGCAGCGGACUCGCGCCGGCCGACCUCAGCCGCGUUCCCAACACCGCAUUCGGAAUGCCCGACAACCCCGGCUGGAAGCUGGAUAAAUGGAAGUUCCUCCCCAUGAUCGACGAAACACUUCGGGUCCGCGACGAUGCCAAAUGGUACGUCUUCAUGGAGGCCGACACAUACUAUAUCUGGGCGAAUCUCCUGCAGUGGCUGGCGAAACUCAAUCCGAACAAACCCUACUACCUGGGUAAUCCGACGCAGAUUGGCCCUGUUAUCUUCGCUCAUGGCGGGUCGGGGAUUAUACUGUCGCGCGAAGCCAUGCGUCGAGCGUCGGAACUACGAGCUCAAGACCUUGAUGGAUGGGACCGAUAUACCGAGGAGCAGUGGGCUGGUGACUGCGUGCUGGGAAAGCUACUCCAUGACGCUGGAGCACCCUUGUUGUGGUCGUGGCCCUUGCUGCAGUCAAGUACCCCCGCAGAGUUUGAUCACUUUUCUGAGUCUUAUUUGAAAAAGCCGUGGUGUUACCCUCCGGUUGCGUAUCACCAUGUGACGGCGGAGGAUAUCCAAGAGCUAGCAGAGUUUGAACAGAGGUUCUUUCGUAACAAUUCUGUCAUAUUGCACAGCGACGUGUUUCGUCAUCUCAUCCAGCCACAGUUCAAGCCUUUACAACCCGACUGGGAUAACCUCUCCGAAGAGGAGCAAGUCAUUGGUGAGGCGAGCUGUAGGGAGUUGUGCGAGAGCAAACAUGAAUGUCUCCAGUAUUCUUAUGAGUCUGGGAAGUGUCGCACUUCGAAAAUGGCUAAACGGGGAGUCCAGAAGACUGGAGUUUCCUCUGGGUGGAUAACCGAACGGAUUGACGCCGUUGUAAAAGAGAUGGGCACUUGCGCGACACCGCAGUGGAUUCUCCGCUAG